CGACACGCCAGAGCUUGACCUUGCGCCCAGUUGCAGCUUCGGCUUCGUCGCGUUUCCAUAAUUUGCCUCUGCCGGCUCUCCCGCAGCAUAUCCAGCCCGCCAGCUUCGAGACCCAGGGGCUUUACUGCUGCAGAGCGCUUUCUUAGGUAGAUUCGGCGGUCCCGAUGCCGUCGUCCAAGCGCCACGAUGGCCUCCGCGUGAGCUCCCCAAAUCAACCUCCGUUAGCCGUUGAUGUCGUCGUGGCCGGUCCUUUAUCAACCCAUAGCCUCUCUCAGGGCCGUGUGAAAUCAAGUAUCAGUCUUGUCCUGGUCUGUGGCUGACCAUCGUUGCUCCGCAGGUCCCUGAAAGAGCUUUCCAAGGCGAUACAUGCCUUUAUCUCCUACCCGACCCUACCCCUUCCCGACAGCCUCGUCGAGACCAUUGCCGCAUAUCUCCACAAGCACGAAAAAUAUGAUGAAGCCGCAUCCGACAGACUUCAGGAGGAGCUUGUGACCAUAUUUGAGAAGUAUGUCAAGGGCGUCCCGAGUGCUUCCGGGCCGUGGAUAGGGAUCCUCCGCCGACUUCUGCCUGUGCUGCAGACACCGGAACGCGUGCUGCCAUGGUUUGACUCCUACAAGGGCCUUCUGGAUCGCACCGGGCUUGAUAAACUUGUCGUCGACGAGACCAUAGCGGCUCUCAUGGAUCUGGUCAUGUUUAUGGACGAAUAUCAUAUCCGAUCAGGCGGAGACUCAGCAACUAACCCCAUCAUCGAUCGCUUGUUUUCCAUAUGGAUAAACCGCUUCUACCCGGAGCUUGUCGAUGAGGACACGAGCCAUGAAUAUAACGAGAGAAUGGUCCGUGAUGCGUUGAAAAGCUUCGGAAAGAAAAGACCCAAGGAGUUCUUCACAUCUCUGAACACUUGCUUCGUCGAGAAGCAGUAUCGCAAAGCGACUUUGAGGUUCCUCUGCGAUUUUCUCGAAGACCAUCCUCCCCAUCUGCACCAGGUUCUGCAUACCUCCCUCUUCGGCAACAUUCUGAAGUGCCUGCUGCAUGACACAUCUACCACUAUCAUCUCGUCGGCUCUCACUGUUCUGAUCAUGCUCCUACCUCAUAUGCCCAACUCACUCGUACCCCACCUGCCGACAUUGUUCAACAUUUACGCUCGCUUGCUGUUCUGGGAUCGCCAGAAGGUGCAUGGCGUAGAAGGCCAACCAGCCGAGGCAGACCACUCAAGCGGAUGGGAAAUAUGUGCAUACAAUCCCGAUACGGACGACUUUGCCGUUGCCCAGCUGUCCAACUAUUAUACGAUACUGUAUGGACUCUACCCUAUCAACUUCAUGGACUACAUCCGCAAGCCACAGAGGUAUCUGCGUCACGCCAACAUCACCAACUCGGAUGAUGUGGAAAUCCAGCCGACCGAGAUCCGUCACCGUUCCGAACGUUUCAGACGGUGCCACCUCCUCCACCCCAACUUCUACACCCUGACAAUCGACUCCGAGAAGACCGACUUGGGCCGCUGGAUUAAGAGCGAGGCUGCCGAGGUCGUCGUUGAGUGCAUGAGCCUCUGCAUGGCGAGUGACCUUUACGAUACGCCCGAUAUGGAAGCCGUCCCUCCAAUGCCUGGUUCUGCCGCCACGGUCGUUCACGACGCAACUGAUAAGGAGAGGUCCGAUUCGGCACUGCUGAGUGGUUCACUGAGCCGGACGGACAACUGGCGCAACUCACAAAUGACGAGUACAGAUUCGGACUCGAGCCACCGGACCGCGUCCAUGGUGGUCCGUCGUGUAUCACAGUCGAGUCAGCCCUCCAGCCGACAUGUCAGCGAUGAAGGCACCGCUAGAGGCCCUAGCACGGACAGCCCUACGAUACCUGCGCAGUUGACGCAGUCACCAUCCCACAGCCAGCUGCAGGACAUGUUGCACUCGAAUAAGGUGAUCAAGUCAAGCCUACAUCAGUCUCUAGCAAACGACAGCGUGCCGUCGCUGUCUCUGAGCCAUCAGGAGUCAACGGCUGACAAGUCGACCGCGCCACCCUCAACUACUGUGGUGCCACCGUCGGUGAGCUCUCCCACGUCGGCAAUGGACUUGGGCACCCAGGUGGCCCAUCUCCAGAGGCGAGUUCUGGUCCUAGAAAACGACCUCAGUUUCGAGCGCUAUGUUAAGCAGCAACAUAUGGCCCACAUCGGUGAGCUUCGGCGUAAGCUGGUAGUGGAGGCUGCUAGCGAAGCUGAGACGCAGAACCUCAUCAUGUUAAAUCGCAACCUCAAGAGUCGCUUUGAGGAAGCCAAGAAGGGUGAGAUGCAGGUUCGUAGAGAGUCUGAAAAGAGCCGUGCGAUGGCCAAAAAGUGGGAGGCGGACCUGGCCAGCAAGCUCAAAAAUCUGCGAGACGAGUCCAAAAAGGCUACCGCAGAGCUGGGGGCUCUGCGACGGGAGCUCGACGGGUCCAAGGCUGAAUGCGAAAAGCUACGCAAGCUAGUGUGUGAGGGCGAGGUGCGAGAGCUCAACUGGAAGCAGAACAUGCAAUCGGUCGACAUCGAACGGACGGAGAUGGAAAGGUUGAAGGCGCAGGUGAAAGAACUCACGAAGUCGGAUCGCGAUCACCAGGCGCGCGAAAUGGAGCGCAAGGCGGCAAUCAACUCUGCCGCGGCAGCUGAUGCGCAGGCCGAGUUGACCAGGCUCAAGCUUGCAGCACAAGAACACGACGCCGGAAGGGCGAGGACACUCUUUGAGUCACAAGUCAAGGAGCUUAAGAGGCAGCUUGCAGAGGCUCAGGAGGAGAGGGAGCGGCCCGGAGCCAACUCAAACCUAGAAAUCGAGGGCGCAUUGGCGGCGAGCAGGGCCAAGCAAGCGGAGCAACAAAAGCAGUACGACUUGCUGAUGCGUAAGUAUACUGCUUUGCAAUCGUCUCUCCUGGACAUGCAGUCAGAGACUGCGGCGUUCGCAGCAUCAAACAGAGGACAAGACACCCAGCCUUCUGGCGGGGAGUACCUCUCCAUGUCGGCAAGUCCCGUCAUGAUCAAGACGCGACCACACCGGUCUGCAUCAAACGCGGACGCAGCGGCACAGAACUCAACACCGCCGCUUGGGCCUCUGGUGGGCACACAAAUGUCCGCGGAGCUCGAGCGGCGGGCGAGCACCCCACAGGCCGGUGAAGGUUCAGCAAGCGGUGGGAUGUCGAACAGCCCUGGCGAACAGCGGCAUUUUGGCAGCAGCUUCCACAGCCGAAUCCGCAAGGAGUCCCGGGACAAGGGCAAGGAUGAGGGCGGUAGCAGCUCGGGUAAGGCUAAGAAGGACAAGAAAUCGUCGGGCCUGCGAGGCAUUCGAGGUUUCGUCUAGGAGGAGAAUAUACGUUUUUUUCUGGUUACCGACAGCUCUUGUCGGCCGAGACGUAUCAAAGGCAACACUGGCAACGCCCUCCCUCAUUGGAGGCAUCAGCAACCUCGCCAGCGCAUGUGGUCAAGGCACGCACGGUUGAUGACGAUUAGGAGAGCCGGUUCCCACGUAAGAACAGGACCUUGUGUAUUGAGGGGAUGGAAACAAAACGCCGACACGGCCAUACCGCAGGACGCCAGAUAUGCAACGAAUUACUGAACAUGCUCUUGAGUCACUAUAGUAUCACACUCCCCGGAGAAACCUUGGUAGCCAUGGAUGAACGUGGCAGGCGGUGCUGAGCAGGUAGGAUGCAAGACCGUCACGGCACAUGCAGGAACAUCGUCGCCACUCGCGCGAAGAUUGAGAUGGCCCCCACUCCACGGGUAACGCCGUGUGGCCGGCCGCCCGACUUUUUUGGGCCACUGCUAGGGAUUGAGUUUUUGGGAUUUUCGCUCGAUCAUGAGUAGCGUCUGUGUUGCGCUUCGGCAGGUUUGCCUGACCAGCCAGUGGUCGGGGGCUCGCUGCGCAUCCAUCUGGCAAGAAGACUACCUUAUUAGCGCGAGUCGUUUUGUGACGGCUAAAAUCGAUUUUGGACAGGGGCAAGAGUUGAAUACCAGCAGCAGUACAGAGCACGCCUGGCCAUGUGUUGCCCUGCACGCCGUGUUCCUCGGGCGCAGCGCAGUAGUGGUUACGAGACAGCUGCAAGCCGCUGUCGCGAGGUCGCAGUGGCAACGACAAAACAGGACAUCCACC